UGGCUGGAGGACGUCCGGGAGGAAAAAGAGACCCCCGUCCUAGUCACGGGAGCUGUGCCAGGAUGUGCGAGGUGCUGCCACCGCACAGGGGAAUAUGACACAGGACUCCCACCCCCGGGCUUACGUCUGGACGACAGGGAGACCUGCGUCCAGAGCAAGAAGCGCAAGAGUGGGUGCUGUCGCCGGGAGACCGAGGGCUGCGAGUCGCACUGCGCCCCCUAGGGGUCCGAGGGCAGCUCCUGUCUUUCGCAGACAUUCCUGGGUCUGUAUAACGAGUGUCCCUGCCUGCCGAACCUGACGUGUGUAUUUCCGAAGAAUGAGAAAUCAUUUAACAUCAUCUAUGGCCGUUGUAAGAAAAUUGAAAAAAGGAAGUCAGCUAAGAACAUUUUCUUCUAACGCUCCCUCUUUGCUGCCUUCCCCACCUCCUCCAUCUACUCCUACGCCUCCCCAAAUUUGUGUUCUUGCCCCUAGCCCUCAGAGCCUCCACCAGCAGGGGAGGGGCAGGGAGGGAGGGAGGGAGGGAUGAUGCGCCAUCACUGGAAUAAAGACUUUUCAGUGUUUGCUGCCCCUGGUGCCAGGGGCUGGGGAGGCGUGGCUGGGAUGGGCCGGGCACAGGUUGCUGGGGAGUGAAGGGGCUGAGAGGCCGGAAGCUUAGGCUUGGGCCUUUCCCCUGUUGGCGCAUGAACGAAAGUCCCCCAGAGGAGACUUGAGCUCUUCUCCCCACCCCAACCCCUUUCUGGCUUCAGCCCAUUCCAUAAGCCACCCGCCAAAAGCUCAGUUCACACCUGAACUCUUGGUUCCCCCGACCUUAAAGGUCACAAAUGUGAAAGGAAGUGUCCAAGACAAAUGUGUAUGAAGAAUUGGCAGUCUCAGUGGGCAGAACAUGUGAGUCAUUCUCUGGGUCAUGAACUCGAGCCCUGCGCUGGGUGUAGAGAUUACUUAAAAAAAAAAAAAAAAAUUGCCUGUGUUUAUGGAGCGCUUACUUUAUGCCGGGGGCGGUGCCAGGUCCCUUACACACAGGAUCUCAUUUCAUCCUACAAAAAAAAACCUUAGGAGGAGGGGUCAGAACUUUGAUCACCCCAUCUCAGGAGAACCUGAGACAGACUGGGCAACUCGUUCACAGUCACAGCGCUUGAACGUGAUGAAUCGGACUCUUUUGGGAGAUCAGAAGAGAAAGGAGGGAUAAGAAAAGGAGAGCCAAGGAAAGAGCGUGAGGAAAAGAAAGAUCAGAGCGCCGACUGUGCCAUGGGGACGGAGAGACGAUGAUGAAUCAGGACGAGUUUCCGCAAGCUGUACCUUUGGGUUGUGAGGCUUUAAGAGCCAGACGCUAGCUUGCUGGCUGUGAGUGUCGUGAAUUCUCUGCAGAAGCAGGCUUCAAGGCAGCCCUGCUAUAUUUGGGUUACGUUCUGGGAAUAAUAAUUCAGAUUUGGGACCCAAAGUCCCAUGGUUAGCUACACUUCUGAUUAGCUGAGCCAAGUGUGAACCCAGAUCUGAGCCAAGUAUGUCCUCCAGGACGUCAGUCUUAUGGUGCGAGAGCUCAGUAGUUGAGAUAGAAGCUGAGGUUUACUUAAAGCACCCCCUGUAAGUCUUGGCAACACUCUAACCUUUAUCUUGGCGGAAAUUGCUCCUAAAUGUGUCAGACAGAUCCACAGUGUCACAUGUACUUCAGAAAGACACAGGGCUACGGUGCAUGAGCUCCCCUUAUUUGGAGAAAAUCUAUGAAAGGCCCUUGGAAGGGGAGAUUGCAGGCUGGAAACCCAGCCUCCAAGAAGACCUAAUGUCUUCAAAUUUAGAAGGGGAGGGGGAAAAUACAUUGCUGAUGUGAUUACAUUGGUUUCAUACAAUGAAGAGGAGAAACUUUUCCUCUACCCUCUUAGGUUCAGUGUUGGGGGUCUGCAAAUUAAACUGACAAAAGACAGAUUGGCAAGAGAAAAGAGAGAUUUUUUUAUUCACAUACAUACGCAUGUGGGGGAGUUCACAGAAAAAGGUGACCCGAUGAGGCAGUUAGAAUUUGGGGCAUAUAUAUCAUCUUUAUUGGGGAAGGGGAAUGGGAGAAGGACCCUCUGGAAAAUGGCUUCUUAAUAGGGGAAGAAAGAGCACUUAGGGGAAAACACAUUAUUUUUUAGAAAGAUAAAUGGGCCCUUAGGAGAGUAGAUGACAGUUAUGAUAGUUUUUGUGACAAUGUCCAUUUAGGUGUGGUGCUGACUUCUGCAGUGAUAAGAUUCCAGCACAAAGAGUCCAUCUUUCUUGGUUGCGAGAAACUUCUCCAGGAGGGAAUUUAUGAUAGUUGAGUUCUUUGGGGAGGCUCUGCUUUUAGACAGAUGAAGGAGUUCAGAAAAAUGCCUCUUCUCAAAAUCCUUCAGCUUAAAAGAGCAGCACUGUCCAGCGGAAGGUGCAAUGUGAUUUUAAAUUUUCUAAUGGCCAUACUUAAAAAGUAAAGAGAAACAGGUGGAACCAAUUUUGACAAUAUACUCUACUUAUAACACAAUCGAAAGUGUUAUUUCAACGUGUAAAAAUUAUUUGAGAUCUUUGACAUUCUUUUUUUGGUAAUAGGUCAUCUGAAUCCAAUUUGUAUUUUACGCGUACCCCAAUUCAAGUGCUCAACAUGUGACUAAUUGGUACCAUAUUAGACAGCAUAUGUCCACAGGGUCCAGCAUCCAGCAUUUUUUAUGGAUUCAAGGCUGCAAAUAUUGCCACUUCUGUAGCUGAAUUUCUAGCAGAUCUAGAAAAAAGUUACAGCAAGGUGGGGAGCUCCCGGGGUUAGGAUAUUAAGGUGGAAAGUAUCAAUGGCAAGGCUACAACCUAUAGGACAUCUUUAUGGGAAUUUGAAAACAGGGACUCCUUGGGGCGCCUGGGUAGCUCAGUUGGUUAAGCAUCCGAUUUUGGCUCAGGUCAUGAGCUCCCGG